UAUUUCAAGCUGUGCAAAAAAUAGACUGUAAUUAUGGCUACAACAGUUACAACAGUACAACAGUAAGUAUGUGUUCCGACUGUCAUUUGAGUUUUCGGUGACUGGUUGCUUGUUUCUGGGUGUUUUGUUUAAAACGAAGAUUUCACACCGAUUAGGACAAGAGCCCAGAACUGUUUGUCUGCUACCUCUGGGUCAUGUGACCAGGAGGUUGGUCUAAUAAGGCUCUAACAGGUAAAAACAAGGUGAGUAAGGAGUGUGAAAGAGCGCAGCACCGAGAGACAGAAAACACGAAAGCACUUACUACUAUGGAUGGGAGCAACCUGACACAACUUUCUGCUAAGUGACCACUUGUUGCCGGGUGUUGUAUUUGAAAAACAGAAGGUCGAAACAGGACGAACGCAGCUUUACCGGCCACUAACGCGAUGUUGAACCCUUUAAGUAGCGGGCGCAAAGCGCUGGGGAAGCUCGCGACGCGUCUGGAGGAGGUGAAGAACCCAUGGCGGCCCACUUCCACGUUAGAGCUGAGCCACAACGAAGCGGCGCGUCUCGCCACGGAUGCGCUUCUCGAGUCCGGGGAGAAGGAAUACUGGCGGGUUUUGACUGACGAGAAAGAGCUCAACUUUCUGUCCGCGCCUGAAAUUCGCUAUAUUGCCGAACAUGCCGCAAAGACCGAGAAUCCCGAGAACGGCUCGAAUGGAGUUGGGGACUUUGGAGAGGGAGACACGGUAUCAGAGCUGACUUCGGGAACUUAUUUCCCCAUGAUGUCGGAUGAAGACCCGCCCAUGCUGGAGCUCGGCUGGCCCGAGGUGCCCAACCGCCACGGCCCCAGCGAGACCCAGAUCUUCUUCCAAAGAGACAAGUCGCAAAAUUUCAAAGAUUUGGUUCGAUCGCUAAUCAGUAAGGCCAAGAAGGUCAUUGCCUUGGUCAUGGACGUUUUCACUGAUGUGGACUUAUUCUGUGACUUGCUUGAGGCCUCUCUCAAACGGAAGGUUCCUGUGUAUAUUCUGCUUGAUGAGAAGAAUCUCAGUUAUUUCACUGACAUGUGCAAUACGCUAGAAAUCCAACACUCACACUUAAAUAAUAUGCGGAUACGAAGUGUAUGUGGAGACACAUAUUGCACCAAAAGUGGGAAGAAAUUUACAGGACAGGUGCAGGAAAAAUUCAUGAUCAUUGACUGCGAGGAAGUAAUAGCUGGAUCAUACAGUUUUACCUGGUUGUCUGCUCAGGUGCACAGCAACAUGAUUUUGCACUUUUCAGGACGCAUUGCUGAAAGCUUUGAUCGGGAAUUCCGUUGCCUCUAUGCAGACUCACAAAUCCUUGAGCGUUUCUAUAACCCCGAUGAUGAAGGUCUUCCCUACUACAAUUACAACAUGCUGCCCAACAUGGACUUUUUCCAAGACAGAGGAAGUAGAGAGAGGGAGAAGGUUUGCUCAGAAAACUCCAGUAGUCAGUCCAGCAACAGCGUCUCCAGCAUUAAAGCAGCUCCAGGCUUAACCUCUCAAGUCUAUAAGGUCACCCAGGAUAAGAAAGAAACUGGCACAAGCAAGAGUGCAGAUAAGUGGGGUGUUUUAAAUUCAGGACUUCAGAUGCCUCAAGGAAGUAACAUUGGCAGAUCAUCGCACAAUGAUUCCCUGCAGAAUUCUGUGGAAUGUUCAAAGUCUGGAGUGGAAUGGGCCAAAGCAGGAGCCUUCCAAACUAACCUUGCAGGAUCAACAUCCAAAUUUCAAGCACUGGAUCUCUAUGACCAAAAGAACGUCUUCCAUACUGCUGCCAAAGCACAACCAAAUCCUCUAAUGGAGAACAAAACACCAAAAGUACGUAGUCCUACCAGUCCUUUUUUUAACAAAUUCACUGACCUCUUCUCCUCAUCAGCCAAAGACAAGGACCCUUAUUUGUUACAUAGGCCACCACCAUAUAGUGCAGCUUUUGGGGGUCCAGACCUAUCACAAAAUGAGCCAGAAAGUAGUCAAAGUCCUCCUCCACCAGCACCUUUGCCCAAAGAACGAAUAGGCCAAGAUGGCAGAAUCACUCGGGGGGAUGAGAAGCGCAUGACAUUGGGACACAGCAAACUAGACCUGGUCAACCACUACAACAAGUUGAAAUCAAAGCAGGUGUAUAGCCGCUUUGAACUGAAGAACAAUUGACCUUAUAACACCUAUUUUAAUACCUCUUGAGCUAGACAUUAUUUUUCUGCAGACUUAUUCUAGUGGAAUGUAGUUUUGUGUGCUUUUUUGUUACACAACAUAAAGAAUAAAGAAGAGAAAGAAAAAAGAAAAGAAAACUGAAUGCUCUUUGUUACUAGCUUGUAAAGUUCUUUUUUGUUUUUUUUUUGUUUUGUUUUUUUUGUUUUUUUUACCAGGUUUACGAUUCACAGUUAGUACUGUAAAAUAAAUUGCUGUAUAUAAGAGGCUGGUGUAUAGCGUUACUUAACUGGUGCAGAAUGAUGGUAAAAAGAUGGUAUUAAUCCAUUAAAUGGAAAAGUUCUUUGCUUUAUUUCUGAUAUUCCAUUACCAAACUUCCAGAUGUUUGUGUAUUUAUACUCCCCAUACUAAAACUUUCAUGCUUUAAUAAACUAUAGUCACUCAAACAUUUAACAUGCUACUAUACACUUACAAUCCACUUUAAUAGUAACACCUGUUUACCUGCUUGUUUAUUCAAACAUGUGGCACAGCUGCACAACAAUGCAUAAAAUCAUGCAGAUAUAAGUCAAGAGCUUCAGUUAAUGUUCAUAUCAAACAUCAGAAUGGUGUAAUCUCUGUGACUUUAAAUGUGGCAUGGCUGUGGUGCUAGAUCGGCUGGUUUUCAAAAAACUGCUUCUCAGUUCUUGUUUUUGGCUGAAAGGAGUAGAAUGAUGUGGUCUUCUGCUGUUGUAGCCCAUCCACCUUAAGGUGUUCAAUGUUUUGUGUAGGCGGAGAUGCUUUUCUGCUGAACAUGUUUGUAAAUAGUGAAUAUAUAAGGUACUGUGUCCUUCCUGGCUGUUUAAAACAAUCAUGCUAUUUUCCCACGAUUUUGUAAAUACUUAAGAAAGUGAAUCCCAGGAGAUCUGCAGUUUCUGAAAUGCUUUAACCAGCGCAUCUGGCGCUAACAUCCAUGUUACAGACAGUCACUGAGAUCACAUUUUCCCCAUUUUGAUGUGUACAUUAACUGAAGCUCUUGUCCUGUAUCUGUAAGUUUUUAUGCAUUGCACUGAUGCCACAUGAUUGGCUGAUUGGAUGACUGCAUAAAUGAACAUGUAUAAGUGUUUCUAUUGAAUGACUUGAUUAUUAAUGUGCGGUUGAAACAAUUAAUCUAAAAUAAAAAUCAGUUUAUAAUAAUAGGUCACACUGACCUGAUUACUUUAUAAAUAACUUUCAGUGUGAUUAAGAUGUGCAUCGUAACUCGCUUAGCAGUUAAAUAAGAGUUCAAAAGCCAAUCUGACAAUGCUGAUAGCGUAUGCUGAUAGUGUGAUUAUGCUGGAAAUACAAGAAGUGAGACCAUUCCAAGAGUCCAAGAUGUCCAUUCACAUUGUUUUGUUUGAUCCUGACCAUGGAUUAGGUACUGCUUCGAAGUCUUGGGUUUAACAAACUAUAUUGAAUGGUAGUCACAAAAACACAGAAUUCUAUUAGUAGUGCACACUUCACAAAGUUACAAACCCAUUUUAUUAUGCUUGGUAUGCUUUACAGAGUUUAUUUGUGUACUGGGUGGAGAGUUAUAUGCAGUAUCAAAUUAUUGUCCUUUUCUUGUCCAGUUCAAACCACUGUCAGCUGUCUCUUUUGCAAUGUUUAUUGUAUUUUGAUUUGAAUUCUAUCUGAGCACAGAGUGCAAGUAUUUUACAAAAAAAAGUAAAAGUAUUUGCCACCUUCUAUUAGUACUCUUUUAGGGAAAUGGAAAAAUAGUAUUGUAAAUGAUGUUUAGCUUUUUAAUGCAUGAUGAGGAAAUAAAUAUUUGAAAUGUAGAACAAAGCACCCUGAAAAACCAGAGUUGAUGUGUCAUUGAGCAUACGUGGCAUAGCAAAUGCAUGGACAAUUGUUGCUGUAAUGUGUUGAAUGCUAGUCAGACUAGAAAAAUUGCAUUCUGCAUACAGUAGCAUGCCUGCUUAAGCUCUAAUCAUUAAAGCUUUUCAUCUGCUAUAUAUGAAAGUCUGAUCUUUCUUCCGUAGUUCACAUACUUUUGUUAGCAAAAACAAUUAAACCAGGCCAUGGCAGUCCCUAGUAAUGGGUGUGUAUCUUCCUGUUAUUCAAACAAUGUUACUAUUUAAAAUUAUUUUCUAUAAAUAAGUGACAUUUGUAGCUGUAUAUAAAAGGCACACUGUAUAUUAUAUAUGAUGGAGUUCACUGAAUAGGGCAACCAGAUCUCACACAUUUAAUAUGAUCCGUUUCAUUCGAUUUAAUUUGGGUGAAAGUACGUAAAUAAAACAGGAAAGCAUGUGAUCCCAAACUCUGCAAAUGCACAAGGUUAAGCUUUCCAAACUGUUGAUAUAAUGUGGAUUUUGGAGAUUCUUUUGGAAAGAGUGUGCAAUUGUUAAUCUAUGUUUGCACCAACAGUGAAGCCAAGUCCUGGACAUGCACAUGUGAAAGCUAACAUACUCUAACAUCUCAACUAUACACUUCAGUUGUAUUGAUUCAGUAGAGAAUUGUACACUAGUAGCUGUCUGCUAGUGUGCUAACAGACCAGAGGAAGUAACUCUAUCUCCACCACUCUUAUUACAGCUAUAGGCCCGCAUUAUUAGCCACCCUUAAAGUGAAAGACCUGGAAAUGAUGGUUAACAAGUAGCCUAGUGUUGCACUUCACACAGCACAUGGACUAAGACUAAGAAAAAUUAGUCUGCAUGGUCAUGUGGCCAUAGAAACAUCCAAUUCAAUUUAAGUGUGUGUAUUAUUGCCCACCAAACCCUGUAUACAAUUCAAUCAGGCAUCAGUGGAAAGAGAUCUUUCUCAACACUAUACUGACAUGUGACACUGACAUGGUAGUAACAUGGUAGUGUGGCUCUGGUAUCUUUAUUAUACUGCUCAGACGAACACACACACUGCCACGAGGCUGCACAUUUGAACCACUAAAAUAUUCUAUAUACACUCAGAGCACUUUAUUAGGAACACCUGUAAGCCUACUCAUUCUUGCAAUUAUCUAAUUUUGUGGCAGCAUUGCAAUGCAAUAAAUCAUGCAGAUACUGGACUUCAGCUUAGGGUAACAUUCACAUCAACCUGGCAAAAAAUGUGAUGUCCAUGAUUUUAUGUGUGGCAUGAUGUCAAUCUGGCAGGUUUGAGUAUUUGUAUAACUGCUGAUCUUGGAUUUUUGCAAACAACAGUUUCUAGAGUUUACUCUAAAAUAAAAUGGUACAAUAAAGAAAAAACAUCCCGAGAAGCUGCUCUGCAGGGGGAAAUGCCAAAGGUAUAUUUGCAACAUCUUGCAGAAUCAAUGCCACAAAGAAUUGAGGCUGUUUUGAGAGCAAACUGAUGCACUACUGAGUAUUUGUAUAGUGUGUAUAGUGUUCCUCAUGAAGUGCUCAGUGAGUGUAUGCUGUGCCCUUAUUAUAACAUUGACAGUGCAGCUAGCAAAACCCUGAACUUCUGUAAUCUGUUUUUUCAUGGACUUUAAAUUUACAUUAAAAAUUACUUUUGAAUAGUCUCAGAAUGUCCCUAAACAGUGGCCAAACACAUGUAUAAUCAAAUUUUUCUGUCAAGAUCA